UCAUUUAACUCUCCCUCUCACAAAUCCCCAUCCGCAAACUGCACAAAAAAUUUUCCCUGAAAAUUAUCAAUUUUUCUGGGAAAAAAUAGAUGUCCAAACAAAACAAGGAAAACCAUUUCUGAACUUGUGAAAUUCCUCGCCUAAUAACGACCACCAGUUUCGUUCUCCUCCAGAGUCUUCUCUGCCGCUUUUGAUCGAAGACAUUUCCAAGCUCGGAGACUGACAGAUUAUUUGCUAUAUUUCCAGGUAAAGUCUCAGCAGUUAAGGAAAUGGCUGCCGGAACUGUACCAGCUGCGUUUUCGGGUCUGAAAAGCAGGGACUCCGGCUUGGGCUUUGCCAAGAGCUUGGAUUUUGUGAAGGUUUCUGAUUUGAAGAGGGUUAAGUUCGCUAGAACAAGAGUCUCGGUUAUAAGGAAUUCAAAUCCUGGUUCAGAUAUUGCUGAACUUCAAUCCACAUCAGAAGGAAGCCCUUUGUUAGUACCAAGACAAAAGUACUGUGAAUCCCUACACAAAACUGUGAGAAGGAAAACGCGAACUGUGAUGGUGGGAAAUGUGGCUCUUGGGAGUGAACAUCCCAUAAGGAUUCAAACAAUGACCACAAGUGACACAAAGGAUGUUGCUGGAACAGUUGAACAGGUAAUGAGAAUAGCAGACAAGGGAGCAGAUAUUGUUCGAAUAACAGUUCAAGGGAAGAAAGAAGCAGAUGCAUGUUUUGAAAUUAAGAAUACACUUGUGCAGAAGAAUUACAACAUACCUCUAGUGGCAGAUAUCCAUUUUGCUCCUUCCGUAGCAUUGAGAGUUGCUGAAUGCUUUGACAAAAUCCGUGUCAACCCUGGAAAUUUUGCUGACAGACGGGCUCAGUUUGAGAAGCUAGAGUACACUGAUGAGGACUAUCAGAAAGAACUUGAGCAUAUUGAGCAGGUUUUUACUCCGUUGGUUGAGAAAUGUAAAAAGUAUGGAAGAGCAAUGCGUAUUGGGACAAACCAUGGGAGCCUUUCAGAUCGUAUUAUGAGCUACUAUGGAGACUCUCCAAGGGGAAUGGUUGAGUCUUCAUUUGAGUUUGCGAGGAUUUGCAGGAAGUUGGAUUUCCAUAAUUUUGUAUUUUCAAUGAAAGCAAGCAACCCAGUUGUCAUGGUCCAAGCAUAUCGUCUCCUUGUAGCUGAAAUGUAUGUUCAAGGCUGGGACUACCCGCUGCACCUCGGAGUUACUGAAGCGGGAGAAGGUGAGGAUGGGCGGAUGAAAUCUGCAAUUGGCAUUGGGACCCUUCUCCAGGAUGGUUUGGGUGAUACUAUUAGGGUUUCACUUACUGAACCACCUGAGGAGGAGAUAGAUCCUUGCAGACGUCUGGCCAACCUUGGCACAAAAGUUGCUGAUCUUCAGCAAGGGGUGGCUCCAUUUGAAGAGAAACACAGACACUAUUUCGAUUUCCAACGUCGAUCUGGUCAACUGCCUAUUCAGAAAGAGGGUGAAGAGGUAGACUACAGAGGUGUCUUGCAUCGUGAUGGUUCCGUUCUCAUGUCUGUGUCCCUUGAUCAAUUAAAGACGCCAGAGCUCCUCUACAAGUCACUAGCAGCAAAACUUGCUAUUGGCAUGCCAUUUAAGGACCUGGCAACAGUAGACUCGAUCUUAUUGAGAGAACUUCCACCAGCUGACGAUCAUGAUGCUCGACUGGCUCUCAAAAGGUUGAUAGACAUAAGUAUGGGGGUCAUAACUCCUUUGUCAGAGCAGCUAACAAAGCCAUUGCCGAACGCCAUGGUUCUAGUAAAUCUCAAGGAGUUAUCAACUGGUGCAUACAAGCUUUUGCCAGAAGGAACACGCUUGGUUGUCUCCUUACGUGGCGAUGAGUCUUAUGAAGAACUGGAGAUUCUCAAAGGCAUCGAUGCUACUAUGAUUCUUCAUGAUCUUCCCUUUGGUGAAGAUAAAACUAGCAGAGUGCAUGCAGCAAGGAGGCUUUUCGAGUAUUUGUCAGAUAAUGCCCUGAACUUUCCUGUAAUACACCACAUUAGCUUUCCAAAUGGAAUCCACAGGGAUGACUUGGUCAUUGGAGCCGGUAGUAAUGCUGGGGCCCUAUUAGUAGAUGGACUUGGUGAUGGUGUUCUAUUGGAAGCACCAGAUAAGGAUUUUGAUUUUCUUAGAAACACAUCUUUCAACCUACUUCAAGGGUGUAGAAUGCGGAACACAAAGACAGAGUACGUUUCAUGCCCAUCCUGUGGCAGAACAUUGUUUGACCUUCAAGAAAUAAGUGCACAGAUUCGGGAGAAGACAUUACAUCUGCCUGGCGUUUCGAUUGCAAUCAUGGGUUGCAUCGUAAAUGGACCUGGAGAGAUGGCUGACGCAGAUUUUGGGUACGUUGGCGGUGCUCCAGGAAAGAUCGACCUUUACGUUGGGAAGACUGUGGUGAAGCGUGGAAUUGAGAUGGAACAUGCCACCGAUGCCUUGAUCCAGCUAAUCAAAGAUCAUGGCCGCUGGGUUGACCCUCCUACAGAAGAAUAAAAAGAGUUUUGCAUUUUGCUGUUUGAGAGAAAAAUAAAGGCAUUUUUAGUGAGAGGGCAUUCCCCAUUUCGGUUAUAUGUUUACUACUAGCUCAGAAGAUAUUAAAUUACGGACAAAUUUUAGCAAAAAAUUAGGCACAUAUUAAGCUCCAACAUAUGCAUUUAAUAAUGCAUAAAAAAAGCAGCGUAAUAUGGACGAUGUUCCUCAUCUACCGUCAGAAACAACAUUGUAAUGCCCACGUUAAUCGUUAUCUAUCGGAAAUCUUAAGUUUUACUGCUUUAAUGCGCAAGAGAGAUUUAGCGCGAUAAAUUUCUGUAAAUUUGAUUACUUAAAAUUCCUCGAUUGUAUAUCAAUGUAACAAAUAAAUUGUGACAUUAUGUAUCAACUUCAAUAAUAAUAUGCGAUUAUGAUUUUCUGUUA